AUGAGACGGAUGGCUCAGACUACCCACUUUAUGGUUCGGCGCGACAAACUUUCAGCUCCCCGAGGAGCCGUGAUCGUAACGUUCGAAACUCUAAAGAAGUGCGCUGGGACAGAUGAAUUCCUUGACGCGAUAGAACGGGCAUCGCGGUUUUCCAAGUGUAACGAGAACGAGGAUCAAGACAAGGAUGAGGCUCCGCGAUGCACGGGUGCAGUGGUCGGUUUGCGCUGGUCUGGAAUGUGGUUUGAAGUCCGCCGUGGCUCGAAUGACCUUGAAUCGCUCGGAGACCAAAUUCGCCAAGCAUGGGUCGCGAAGCGCGAUGGAUUGCUGAAUUCCAUCCUGCAGUUUGUCAUCGAUGUGCAUCUGAGGAUCGAUCAAAUUGAGAAGCCAUCUGAAGCAUGA